CCCUCUGCUCCGCCGCAUCCCCGCUCCUCCCGCCACAGCUCUAAGAUGCCUCGCUAUGAACUGGCUUUGAUCCUGAAAGCCAUGCAGAGGGCUGAAACUGGCUGCUCUUCACAGUAUUACGUCUAGCAGGGAUGGACCCUUGUGUGGUGGUGCUGGAAUGAAAACAGUUGGAACUAAAAGGCAAGACUGGAAAACCACAAGAUCUAGCAUUGAUUUUUCCUGUAGGAAUCAGCCUUUUGCUUUCUGCCUUAAGCAUUUCUGUAAGAAUAACUGGAUUUUGAAAUGUGUGCUACAGACAGCAUUUGAGAAUGAUGCCCUCUUGGCUGACAUUUACCACUUUUCGACCUGAAGACUUGAGAGUGGUCCUGUUCUAAGUUUCUGUCAAGUGUGAGAUAUGUGCCUGGCUUGGGUGUGGGGGAAGGGUUGGUACAGUAGGCCUCACUAAACUUAGCUGCAACUAAGAAUUUCUCCUACAUCAACUGAGUUAAGGCUGAUGCUCUUGUGGAAUGUGGAUUAAAAGUGCGUGCUAAGUUCCAAAUUUCCAUUUGAGAAGCGGAGAAAGUAAAUGUACCACAACCACCAGCAUCAGGACAGCAAACCCAAGGGACAAAGAAUUUGAUCCGCAGUGUUGAUAUAUGUUAACUGGUUCACGUAUUGCUUAAAAGACAGUUGCUGGGGGGCGAGAAGUGGACGUCAGCUGUGCGAAGUCAUUUUGUUGGCAAAAAUGAGGGCUUCUUUGGAAACGGCAGACAUUGCCAUUGUGGCACUGUACUUCGUGCUUGUAAUGUGCAUAGGUUUUUUUGCCAUGUGGAAAUACAAUCGGAGCACCGUAAGUGGCUACUUUCUGGCGGGGCGUUCUAUGAACUGGGUAGCUAUUGGUGCAUCUUUGUUUGUGAGCAAUAUUGGAAGUGAACAUUUCAUUGGGCUCGCAGGAUCUGGAGCGGCGAGUGGAUUUGCAGUAGGUGCGUGGGAGUUCAACGCCUUAAUGCUUUUGCAGCUUUUAGGAUGGGUCUUCGUCCCAGUCUACAUCCGGUCGGGAGUGUACACCAUGCCUGAAUACUUGUCCAAGCGUUUUGGAGGGCAUAGGAUUCAAAUAUAUUUUGCAGCGUUGUCUCUAAUUCUUUAUAUCUUCACCAAACUCUCAGUUGACUUGUAUUCAGGGGCACUUUUUAUUCAAGAAUCGCUAGGCUGGAACCUCUAUUUGUCAGUUAUCCUGCUUAUUGGAAUGACUGCGCUCUUGACUGUGACUGGAGGUCUUGUGGCUGUCAUCUACACAGACACCCUUCAAGCUCUGCUUAUGAUUAUUGGUGCCCUCACACUUAUGAUCAUAAGUAUUAUGGAGGUUGGUGGGUUUGAAGAAGUUAAAGAAAGGUACAUGUUAGCGUCACCAAAUAUUACAUCUAUUUUGUUAACCUACAACAUUUCCAAUACCAAUAUCUGCAAUGUUGCCCCAAAGCCUGACGCUCUUAAAAUGUUGCGUGAGCCAACAGAUGAAGACAUUCCCUGGCCUGGAUUUCUGUUGGGACAGACCCCAGCUUCUGUCUGGUACUGGUGUGCCGAUCAAGUUAUAGUUCAGAGAGUUUUAGCUGCAAAAAACAUUGCUCAUGCCAAAGGAUCUACUCUGAUGGCAGGCUUCUUAAAGCUGCUGCCCAUGUUUAUCAUAGUAGUCCCAGGGAUGAUUUCACGAAUACUGUUUGCAGAUGAUAUUGCCUGCAUUAAUCCAGAACACUGCUUUCAAGUCUGCGGGAGCAGAGCUGGAUGCUCUAACAUUGCCUACCCACGUUUGGUGAUGAAACUUGUGCCGGUUGGUCUGCGGGGACUGAUGAUGGCUGUGAUGAUUGCUGCACUGAUGAGUGACUUGGACUCAAUAUUCAACAGUGCCAGCACCAUAUUCACGCUUGAUGUCUACAAGCUCAUUCGAAAGAGUGCAACGUCUAGAGAACUGAUGAUUGUAGGAAGAGUCUUUGUUGCGUUCAUGGUAGUUAUAAGCAUUGCCUGGGUCCCGAUAAUUGUAGAAAUGCAAGGUGGUCAGAUGUACCUUUAUAUUCAAGAGGUAGCAGACUACUUGACCCCACCAGUGGCUGCUCUGUUUCUCAUGGGUAUCUUUUGGAAGCGGUGCAAUGAGCAGGGGGCUUUCUAUGGUGGAAUGGCCGGGUUUGUUCUGGGGGCGAUACGGUUGAUACUGGCGUUUAUCUAUCGUGCUCCUGAGUGUAACCAGCCGGAUACUAGGCCAAGCUUUAUCAAAAAUAUCCAUUACAUGUAUGUUGCAACGGCUCUCUUCUGGAUCACUGGGAUUGUGACCUUUGUAGUAAGCCUCCUCACUCCUCCGCCUACGAAGGAGCAAGUUCGGACAACCACAUUCUGGGCCGUGAAAAACAGGCAUGUAAAAGAGGAUGCUACAACGGGGGAGCUGUACAAAGUACAAGGAAAGAGCAUUCUCAAAUGUAAUGAAAAUGCAAACCAUAUCAUGCCGAAAGGCAAAUCAGAAGAAAACAUUAAAAGCAUGAAGCCAGAGGAUAUCAAUCUUCUGGAUACUUGCAGAGAUGACAGCAACCCGGUGAUUUCUAUGAGUCACUCUGAAGUGGAGACACCAGUUGACUGUUAUUCGAAUGGACAAGCAGCUUUGAUGGGGGAGAAAAAGCAUGAGGAAGAGACUGAUGAUAGAGAGACACAUUUGAAAUUCAUAGAUUGGUUCUGUGGCUUUAAAAGCAAAACCAUGAACAAGAGAGCUGUUCGGGAGAUCGAGGAAGAGACUGUUUGUUUACAAAUGCUGGAAGAGACUCCAAAAGUUAGACUGUUACUAAAUACUGGACUGGUCUGUGUCUGUUCACUUGGAAUAUUCAUGUUUGUCUAUUUCUCUUUGUGAGUGGAUAGUGAACUUCUAAGGGUAUGACUAAACAUACAGAAGUUGAUAAAGGUCUCUGGAGAUUUUUAGAUUUUGUUUUUCCUUUUCUAAUAACGUAACUGCAACCCAGGCAUUGUUUACGCUAUAAUUGUAAGAUCAACUCAACUUUAACCUAUUUAGAGACAAUUUGCGAUGUUGUUCUAGCUCUGCUGAAAGCAGACUGUGUCAUGUGGUGUCUUUUUUUGUGUCCCCCCCUCCAGCUUUUUUUUUUUCCAUUUGCAGCACUAACCUUUUAUUUUCCCUUGUAUACAUGUAUAAAUAUACCAAAGGCAGGCAGGUGGCUGUGUUUGAAGUCAAGCAGUUACAGAGCUCAGUCAGCAUUAAAGUGAAGAUAACGAGUAAUUAUUUACUGAUCUGUAAAAUUGAGAUGCUUAAAGCUCUGCUAAAAGGUGUUGUUUUUUUUUUAGUGUAGAGUUGUGAUGCACAUCCCUGUGUAGUUGUUCUUUGUAACAUAGCUAUACUACCUUGGCCAAAUCAGCACUUGUACUUUUGCUCGCUGCUCUUUUUCUUCCAGUUUCUCAUCUCUCUUUUAGCAACAGCAGGAAGAUAUUUUGUAUUACCUUGUAGCACUUAAAACAUUGAUAGCUCUUAGUUUCUUUCUUUUUUUUCUCUGUGAGAAUAUUUCCAUUUUUGUUUUGUCUACUGUAAAUUCCACUACUGAAAAGUUGCUGUAUUUAGGGAAACAAAAAAUCCCAAAUAGAACACACACAAAGACUCCAACCAAAAACUCCCAUAGAACCAAACAAAAAACCCCAAAAAAACCAAAACCACAGGACAAACUUGAAAAUGACCAACCUGCAAUGGAGGAGAGGGGGAAAAUAGAAAAGAAGAAAUACUAACAUAAAAUCCAAGUAAAAAGAGGACCUUUAGCAUGUAAUUUGGAUUAGCUUCUCUUCAGAGAACAAUCUGUGUGUAAGUUCUACCGUAUGGAAAACGAAGUGUGAGACUUCACAUGUUUUCAGUUUGGUAAGCACACAAAAAAAUAACUCCUUUUCUUUUUUCUGCUGUAUGUCUGAAAGGAAAUAUGCUGCAGUCCUGCCAUUGCUGCAUACUGAGUCUAUAAAGGGAGAAAAAUCAUGGGAGACGAGGUAGGAGAAAUGUGGGAAAGAGGUGAAAAUGGACCUUAUUAUUCAGAGCCCUUUUGCCCCGUGUCCUUGCCCACUUCCACCCUGCCAAACAUCCUUUUUUAAGGAAUGUGUCCUGAGGGAUUCUGUGUCAGGAGAGGAGAGUGUGCCAUUGUAAUCUGUGUCAGCAAUUGAGGUCUGCCCUUAUGAUUCCUCAGAAAGUAGUGAAUCUUUUCCCAUGUGUUCACAGCUAUAGUGGGUUUUGAGGUGCUGAGUUUCAUUUCUCCUGAAGGAUGUAUGCCUUAGGCAGAAAUAAACAGUUGUGUGUAGAGUAUGUGUGCAGCAGGCAGGUCAGUGGAGCUCAGCAGACUGAAAAUCUGCAGAGCACUUACCUGUUGGUCAAGCAGGAGAAUGUGUUGCCAUUCUGGGUGCUCUUGCCUUUAAAGCAAGUGAGGACCUGUUUUUGGGUGCAGGGGCCAGCUGAUAGUGUGUGGCUACACUCAUAGUAUUAAACUCCCUUGCUGUUCAGAAUAGAGGAGUAAUCUUUGCUCCUGAGCUUUUCUUGGGACUUGUUUGGGAGAGCAUGAACUGGGUAGGCAGAAGACAGUCUGAGGGACCAUGCUGGCAGUUCAACAGUGCUGAAUCAAGGGGGCCAGUUUCCUUGGCUUAGAACCAAGAACAAGAACCAAUCCCUAUGGGGGGAAAUAGUCUUGUAGAGAUGAGAUCUGGGUUAUAUCCUGCCUUUGCAGGAGAACAUUUACUUUCCAGUAUGGUGGUACCAUAAGCUGCAGUCUGUCCAAGUAUCUUUUAGUAGUAUGAUAUAUAAUAUGUGUUUUCAGGUAAAAUUAACUUCUAUUUGUGUGGCAUUUUUUGUUUUGGCAUUAAGUCAUUUGAAUCCUAUUCAUUCUGAGACUCUAAACAGAGGCUGAGAUGCCCCACUCUUCUCCACUUUGCUUAGUUGUUGCUGCUGGAAAGUAGACUGCUCUCAACUGAAAAUAGUGAUAAGGAUUGAAGUGAUGUUGCAGUAUAUGUAGAAGAGGCAAGUUUCCAUACCUGAGUCUUGAUGUUAAUACCAGUAUGACAUGACACAUUUUCUUAUGGUUAAUGUGGCUGCUUUAUUCAGAAACAUAUUUUUCAUCUUUUCUAAUGGUAAAAUUGUAGUAUGUGAAAUGUUAAUGGUAUCUCAAGUUACUUCAUUAGUAGGCUCAGCUGGGAUGGUGUAAGUAGUAGUAAAACAGUUAAUUGUUGCUACGUGAGCAAAACUUGUUCUUAGUGGGGUCAAAAAUUACUUGUGGAGGGUAACAAUAAGUCUCCAUCCAAAAGUAUCUUGCAAAUGCUGGGAUCUGGCUCAUAUGCCUGAUUUGGCACCGGGAAGGAGAGACUUGUGUAUCAAGCACUGUCCCUUAGUAACUUGGCUUGUGUUUCUAUCAGUGGCUAGUAGUUGGAUUUUCCAUGCUCUCAGUUAACAAAUGCAUUGCCACCUAGCCUGUGAAGCCAGGUUAGCUCAGGGACCCUUUUGUUUGGCAGCCAUCUGUGCUUGCAUUUUUCUUCAAGGUGCCUUACAUGAUUAUGAAGCUGAAGGCUUGGCUUUUAUUGACACCUGAAGAGUGGCAUGCUUGUAACGGACUCUUCCCAGGUAGUUUUUUCUCUCCCUUUUCCUUCCCAAGUAAUUUGCCAUUUAAAGAGUUAAUACAUAGCAUCCUCAGAUCUGUGGUAAUAUUGCCCUGCGACUGUGGUAGGAAGCCACAAUCCUUUGCAAACGUAUGGUGCAGCCUUUGACUGUUGCAUCUGAGAUGCUCAAUCUCCUAGUUAAUGUAUUCUCACUUUCGCUGAACUAACAAGUUGCUACAUUAAUCACCGUCAUACUUGGCAGUCAGUCAGGAUCUGAAUAAAGGAAUACUUUGCAUCCCUUUGUCUUUAGAGCUGUUAUUCUGAAGAUGCUUUUAAGCAAAUAACUUCUUCAGUGCUUCUUUUUCUCUUAAGUCAUUUAAAAACAUGUUUCUAUGCUACUCUCUGCCUAAUGCCAGCGUCUUUGGUAGCAUUCUGUUUUCACGUCUUGGAGGUUACAGAAUUUGCUGAUGUUCUUUGUUGCAUAUAACCACUUAAUAGAAGGCCUUUGUUAAGAAAAAAAAUAGUAUAAGGCUUCAAGUAAACUGUGUAUUGGUGAGCAAAUACCUUGCCUCUGUUGUGGACCUUAGUAUAAGAAGCUGUUUGAGGAUAGUUUUUUUUAUAGCGUAAACAUGCCUUUGCUAAUCUUCUGGUCAUGAUCUAUGUGGAAGAGUUGUUGACCCAGGUUAAUAAGUUUUGGUUUAAACACCAUUUUUUUCAGUCCAGUAAAAACUACAUGUCUCACAAGGGACAGUGAGUUCCAUAAAUUUUAACACUUGGCCUCCACUUUCUCAGUGGGACUGGCUAGUUGUGCAGGGAUAGAUGUAGGACAUGUGCUUCUGUCUUGCAGUGAUUGGUUUAUUUAUUGCCUUGAGCUUAGAAUGACACUCUUGAGAGGAACUUAUUUUGGAAUGACACAGUGUUUUGUUGCUAUUUCCCUUAACUUAUUUUUCUCUUAAGAUGUAUGAAUUUUUCUCCUAGGAAUUUGUUAGAAGCCUUUAAUUUAAAAAUGAAAAAAAAAAAAAAGGAGGAGGCUUCUUGUGAGCUUAGUAGUACAUUCUGGGAGAUUGUUCUUAUUUAUUUUUUUUCCCCUGACUGAUUUCAUGCUAUUCUCUGCCAAAGUUUAAAUUGUUGUUAUUUUUGUGAUUUUCCCCAUUAGCUUAUAGUGAUACCCGAAAGGAAAUGGCGAGAGACUGUAAGAUAGUAAAUUGGCCUUCAGUAUACUACUUGUGUAUCUUCUGCUUCUCCACAUCUUCCCCUUUCCACCCUUAUCCCAAAAAGGGCCAGCAUGAGACUUCUGAUGUAAGUCAUGAGAGCACUGUAACUGUGUAGUGGAAAGGAUUUCCCCACAAAGUUAGCGAAGCGAGCAGAGCCAUCGAAGGACCUCUGUGCAAACUCUUAAAGCAGGAGAUGCUAAUGACUUUAAAACAUACAGCUUUAUUUUUUAUAUAUAUUUUUUUAAAUCCUAAGAUAAAGGAGCUGUUGGGAGAUGCUCCCUUUCAGAGAAGAGGAUAUGUGGAAGAAGUUGGAGUUUCUAAGCUCUGGCUUUCUUGAGGAAAUCUUUGGAUUUAGCAUGUAUAGCAAAGCAAAACUACUCAUCUGUUACUUUGGUAUUCUGUGUGUUCUGUGCCCUUUAAAUGUAGUUGUUUUGAAAAUAAACCUAACCUUGUUAUGUGAUGUUAAGAAGCAGACGUGUGCAAUGUUUUAAUUUUUUUCCAAAAGAAAAUGUUUGUAUAUAAUUAAAUGGUUUAAUGUGCUUUAAUUGGCCUAAGGUAAAGAGUAGUCCUAGAAUGUAAACAUAUAUAAUUAGGAUAUCUGAUUUCACUGUGAGAUCUCUGAACUCUCUCAUUUUGCAAAGUGGUUUGUUUUGUUUACAAAACACUCUUUUCUAUUUCUUUUCAUGGUGUUGGUUUAAAGGCAUUUGCUUCACUUCUGUUCUAAUAUCAAAUUCAUGGUAUAGUGACAUCUGGUGACAGCAUUAUCAGUUUCACUGUGUAAAGUCAGACACUUUGAGCAAAAAUGGUAAUGAUAUGACAAUUCUCUGUGUCUAUGAAUACACGUUUUUAAAUGAGGUGGUUAUAAAAAUAGUUGCUGUGCAAAAUGUUAGUAGUCUUCUUCAAGAAGAAAGCAAAUUUUCUAAUAUCACUAGAGCAGUCCAUUCAUCUACUUAUUUUUAAAGCACAGUGUCAGUGAUGCUGCUUUACCUUGUAUCUCUGAUAUAAUGUUUUUUUUUAGGCAUCUGUGAAGUAUUUCUGGGGUUUGUUGCUGUUGUAUUUUUCUGCAGUUUUUAUAUAAAAUACCAGUUAAUGAACUGCCUUGUUUGUUUGUUUGUUUUUUAAACCUAUUCAACUAAAAUACAUUUCAGACCAAAACCAAAUGAUAUCAUAUAGAAUUUGAAACCUGCCUUCUCUCUUGUCCCUUUGUUUUGUUUGUUCUUUCUUUUUUUUGAAUAAGCCAAAUGGGCAUGUAGAUAAGAUCACUAUAAUGGAUCCAGGUCUCUUUUGGUAAAGUGUUAUUUAAAGGUCUGUUAAGAUCUUAUAAGAUGAUAUACUGAAAAAAAAUUAUUGUAGUAGGAAUAUAGAUUUAGAAGUGUUAAUGAGAUUAAUACAGCUUAAUUAUAUUGUAAGUUGCUACUGUCCUUUAAUGACAAGCUUUUUGUCAUAGAAAUGAUGUAUAAUAAAUUAAUUUUGGUCUAGUGUAUAGAAUUAUCAUAUUGCUAUAAAUCUUUGAAGUAAAUCUGAUGCAAAAUUUUCAUAGUUAGCAUUGCUGGCCCUGUGUAUACUGUUCUUUGUAUACUGUAUGCAUAUUAUUUUGCCUACUGCAUUAGUCUUCAAACUAAAACUCUUAUUAGAGAGUAUUUGGAUACUUCAGACUGUGUUUCUUGCAGUUUACAUUCCUUUACCAUGGCAUUUUGUCCUGUCUAAAAGUAUUGUAUGGAAAUGUUUAAAACUUCUGUACAAAGUUUCAAUAAAAAUAGAGAAAAAGAAAAACCAGUAACAGAAGAGAGAA